AGAAAGUGGGCGGGGCCGAAGGGGGUGGGCCUGGCCCCAGGGAGUGAAAGCGAAAGCCGGAGCCGCUAGCCCGGAGAUCUAGCAAGUGGAGCAGCAUGGCCAAACCUUGUGGGGUGCGCCUGAGCGAGGAGGCCCGCAAACAGGUGGAUGUCUUCAGACAAAACCUUUUCCAGGAGGCUGAGGAAUUCCUCUACAGAUUUUUGCCGCAGAAAAUCAUAUACCUGAGUCAGCUUUUGCACGAGGACUCCCUCAAUGUGGCAGACUUGACCUCCCUUCGGGCCCCACUGGACAUCCCUAUCCCAGACCCUCCACCCAAGGACGAUGAGAUGGAAACAGAUAAGCAGGAAAAGAAAGAAGUCCCUAAGUGUGGCUUCCUCCCUGGGAAUGAGAAGCUCCUGGCCCUGCUUGCUCUGGUUAAGCCAGAAGUAUGGACUCUCAAAGAGAAGUGCAUUCUGGUGAUUGCAUGGAUCCAGCACCUGAUCCCCAAGAUUGAGGAUGGAAAUGAUUUUGGGGUAGCAAUCCAGGAGAAAGUUCUGGAAAGGGUGAAUGCAGUGAAGACCAAAGUAGAAGCCUUCCAGACAACCAUUUCCACGUACUUCUCAGAACGUGGUGAUGCUGUGGCCAAGGCCUCCAAGGAGACCCAUGUAAUGGAUUACCGGGCCUUGGUGCAUGAGAGAGAUGAGGCAGCCUAUGGGAAUCUCAGGGCCAUGGUGCUGAACCUGAGGGCCUUCUAUGCAGAGCUUUAUCAUAUCAUCAGCAGCAACCUGGAGAAAAUUGUCAACCCAAAGGGUGAGGAGAAGCCAUCUAUGUAUUGAGCCCAAGACUAGCAGGAAAAUAAACAACUUGUUCCUUGUAUGGA